AUGUUGCGAGAACGAUUACGAGGUGAGGAGGAGAUGAGCUUUGAGAACGCAAGAAAUGUGCCGCUGGAGAGCUGCUUUUGGCUUGGAGGGGAGAGAGAUGGACGAGGUCGGGAAGAAAAAGUCGUGAGACGAGGGGUUGCUUUGUUGGG